GCAUCCAAGAUGAGUGGUCCUGGCGAGAAUCGCUGGCGACGGCAGGGUCAAGCCAACCGCAACUCAGGCGCAAGCACCCCCACCAAGGACGCUGGUGGCCGCCCGCAGUCCAUGGCCGCACCUGCGGGCAAUGUCUGGGGAACCAAGCAGGCAAAAGCCUCGGGGCCUGGCCCGGCUGCACAAGCUCAGGCCCAGCCCGAGCACCAUGUGCCUGUCAAGGACUUCAACGCCAACGAGGUCAAGGAAUUCCUCAAGAAGAAAUACCUCGAGAGUACCGCCAACCAGCCAGCGGUAUAUCACAAGGUCCCGGGUGACUCGGUGUCGAACAGGAGCAGCGGAGCAUGGGGCAAAGGCGGCACCAUGCCGCAUCUCAUGACGACGGGGCAAGACUUCUUCACGCAGCUCAAGAAGCAGCUGGCGACGCUGGACCAGACCAAAGCAGCGCAGUAGCUGCAAACAGGCCAUGAUUGUUUCAGCGGCAUUCGGGUAGGCAUUGCAGGCGUUCUUGGGCAUGGGUUUCUGGGCGGCUACAUGGCAGCACCUUGCAGGAGCAUGGUACGGCUUUGAGGG